AUGAAUGCAGCAGCAGGUGAAGGCUCCAAGGCUGCUCCCCCCAAGUUCAAGCAGAAGGCGACCAGGCAGUUCAAGAGCAAGGCUCCCAAAGCUGGACAGAAGGGGUUUGACAAUGACGUCCCGGGGAUGGAGGGUCUUGGAGACUCUGCAGUGGUCUGCCCCUGGGAGGCGUUUGGUGACAUGGAGCUGAGCGACCUAGCUCAGUUUGGCAUCGUCUAG